AUGUCGGUGACAAGUUUUGCGAACGAUGUGUUCUGCGAGUACGGCGUGGAGCUCCCCAUCGUCCACGAGACGUUGGAUGCCGCGCGGCGCGAGGCGCAGCGGCGGGGGCUGUACCUUCUCGUCUACGUCCACUCCCCGACGCACGAGGACACGGCGGAGUUCCUGACGCAAGUGAUGUCGAGCCCGCAGCUGCGGGAGCUGGUGGGGACCCGGCUGGUGCUCUUCGGGGCCUCCGUGCUGGAGCUGGAGGGCCGCCGGCUGGAGGCGGAGCUGCAGGUGACGACGUUCCCCUUCCUCGCCCUCCUGCUGAAGCGCACCGCCGUGCUGAAGCUGAAGGGCCUCCUCUCCGCCGAGGCGGUGGUGAAGAACCUUCAAAUGGCCUUCGACCACUGGGACGGGCGGCUGGCGGAGGAGGUCCACCUGCGCCUGGAGCGGGAGGAGAAGGAGCGGGCCCGCCGCGAGGAGGAGCUGCGGGCGCACGCGAUGCAGGAGCUGGACCGCGAGCGCAUCCGGCUCUACGAAGAGCAGCUGCGCGAGCGGCGUGAGCGGGAGGAGCGGCAGCGGCGCGAGGUGGAGGCGGCAGAGGAGGCGCAGCAGCAGCGGCGGCAGGAGGAGGCGCAGCGGCGCUCUCGGGCGGAGGCGCUGCAGGCGGCCGCGGCCGCACGGCUGCCGCAGGAGCCCCCUGCCGACGCGGAUCCCUCGACCGUCGCGUUCAUUAGCCUCAAGUCGCUGCGUGGGACGCAGCACCACCGCCGCUUCUACCGCAGCGAUAAGCUGCGCCACCUGCGCGACUACGCGAUGUCGCUGGCGGACUACACCGGCGGGGGAUUCCGUCUGGUGGCCGGCUACCCGCCGCGCCCGCUGGAGCUGGACGGCGACAAGACGUUUGGCGACGUCCCGAGUCUUCUCCCCCGCGCCGUCGUGCUGAUGCGCGGCGAGUAG